AUGGAUUGCACUCCAGCGCAGAAGGUUCGAUAUGGUACUCAUAUGCUAGCAGUCGAGGCUGAUGACUGGUGGCUAGAGACUCGUCAAAGAUUGGAAGUUGCGGAUGAGGAUAUCACUUGGGUCAUGUUCCAUAAGGAAUUCAUGAGGAAAUAUUAUCCUGAAGAUGUUCGAAGAAAGAAGGAAAUUGAGUUUAUCAAACUAAAGCAGGGAAAUAAGUCGGUUACUCAUGAGGCGACUUCUGAAUUUUUAAAGUGCACCAAGUUUGAGAAUGGGUUGCGCUCAGAGAUUAAGAAAGCAGUUGGAUACCAGAAGAUCUGUGUCUUUGCUGAUUUGGGUGAUAGUUGCCGGAUCUAUAAGGAGGAUAAUAAUGCUCAUUAUAAGAUUGUCAAUGAGAGGAGGGGUAAGCACCAACAAAACCGUGGCAAGCCUUAUGAUGCUCCAGUUGGGAAAGAUAAACAGAAAGUUGCUGAUGGUAAGAGAACUAGUGAAGGAGAUGCUUCUGCUGGCAUGAUUUGUUUCAAAUGUGGGAAACUUGGUCAUAAGAAUACUGUGUGUACUGCUAAGGUGAAGAGGUGUUUCCGUUAUGGUAAGACUGGACAUACAAUAUCUGAGCGCAAGCAUAAGGAGAUGGUUUGUUUCAUACUUUUAUAUAUUGAUAAAAGGAGAAUAAUAUCCCCACAAAAGGAGUAA